UUUUUCACCGCGGAAUCAGGCAGCGUCUUUGGGCCCCUGCGUAUUUUCUCAUCUGGCAAAGUGGUGGCUGCACAGACCACAAAUAUCCUUCCGGGCCCUCAAGCACUGGUCCCAAUCAAGGCGCCCUCUUUGUAUGGCGAUGUGCUUUUGGUGGGUUGUGAUUUUGGCGACAGCGCCCUGCGUUCGUCGUGCAAGGUUGCAAAUCAGCUCCUCGGCGAAAAGAGUACGAUGGCAUGGGUCGCAAAUUUUGGAGCACGGCCAGUGCUGCAGCACUGCUGCUUCGAAAGGGUAUCACUGUGGGAACUGCGGAACAGCUCGAGGACGACACUACCUGCUACAACGUCGACUUCUCUGCCAAUCCGGCCGUCAAUGUCAGUCUUACAACUGAGUCGGAGGAAACGGGUGAGGGUGGAGUCGACGAGAUAGACGUCAAUCCUAAGCUCGAUGACCACGAUCGGGAACUCAUUAUGCAGGUCCCGCGCAAACAUCCUAGGGUGUUUCGAAAGGCAUGGGGUCUCCUCAAUGAUGGCGAUGCUAUGAAGACUGUACCGAAGGCUGGUGUGAAGCCGAUCAGCACUGCACCGUAUCGCAAUUCUCCCGCAGCUAAGGCAACUCUGGACUCUACCUGGACAAGAUGGCCCGACGCGAUCGCAUUGAACCAUCCUCUUCACCGUGGUCCAGCCCAGUCGUUGUUUUGCCCUCUCACGGCAAGCCACGGAUGGUGAUCGACUUUCGCAAGGUCAACGACUGCAUCGAGCGAGACCCUUACCUCUUCCCCGCCAGGACGGGAUUUUCUCGGCCGUGGCCGGCGCACAGUUUAUCUCGACAUUCGACUUGACCAAAGGCUUCUAUCAGAUUCCAAUCAAGGAGGGCUCAAGUCACAUCACGGCUUUUGCUUCCCACAGAGGCCUCGAACAGCUGAAGGUCUCGGUGAUGGGUUACAAAAACUCACCUGCCUUUUUUCAACGCAAGAUGGACGAGAUUCUUGCCCCUUAUUGAUGGCAAUUUGCGGUACCU